AUGGCUGUCCAUCACGUCCUUGACGACUACUACCUCGCCAUCACGCUGCUGAUAACCGUGGCGUACCAGCUCGUCGGCUUCUGCAUAGCAUACACGUGCCAAUUCGACAAGUUGACAGACUUCGCAGGAGGCACCAACUUCGUCAUCCUCUCCGUCCUGACACUCUCGCUGUCUGCCACGCACACGGCGCGCCAGAUCCUGAGUUCGCUGUGUCUCGCAGUCUGGGCGUUGCGGCUCUCCGGGUUUUUGUUCUUCCGCAUCCUCAAGACGGGUUCCGACACGCGCUUCGACGACAGACGGUCCCGCUUCCUCCCGUUCCUGGCCUUCUGGACGUUGCAGGCCCUGUGGGUGUGGACUGUCAGUCUGCCCGUGACGAUCCUCAACUCGCCCCGCGUCACGGCGUCCGCGCAGCCUCCGUUCGGCACGCCCGCGGACGUUGCCGGCGUCGUCAUGUUCGCGGCCGGGUUCCUGCUCGAGGCCGCGGCCGACGUCCAAAAGUACCGGUUCCGCCGCGACGCCGGGAACGAGCGCGCGGCGACCUGCGACACCGGCCUGUUCGCGUGGUCCAGGCAUCCCAACUACUUUGGCGAGAUCGUCGUGCAGUUCGCCGUCUUCACGAUGGCCGUCUCGCCCAGUGCGUACGGCUACGUGCCCUCGGGCUCGGGCCCGUACGCGGCACAGCACGCGAGCGUCGCCGGGGCCGUCCUCUUGACGCUCUUGUUGCUCUUCGUGUCCGGACUGACGCUGCAGGAGCGCCCGGGCGCGAAGAAGAUGUUUGAAAGGGACGGCCCGGGCGGGGAAUGCUGGACGAGGCACAAGGCCUGGCUGGACAGGACGAGCAUUCUCGUUCCCUUGCCGCCGGGGGUGUGGGUUAGGCUGCCCAGGAUGGUGAAGCGCACCGUCGGCAUCGAGUGGCCUAUUUACGUGUUCGAUCCGGAAAAGCACGUCGGUCACGCCGAUGUGCAGCAGAGACGAGAGGACGAGGCGAGGGGACGAGAGGAGAGUCACGACGGGUUGGUGAGUAAUAACAGACGACAAUAUCCACGGGCCUGA